UCGAUCCAAGAUCAGAAGUGGUGCAGGCGGAGUUGUCGUGGUCCUGAAAAGUGAUUUGAGGAAUUUCAAUAAUUUUGUUGUCUUCAGAUUCAGACAGCCUCACAUAUAGUUCAGCCUAAAGUCCUAACCCGGACAAGUAACUAGUUGGAUCUGUUUUCUCAUCAAACACGUCUGAAGAUGGCCGAAACAGGACAAGAAACCAAGAAGGAGAUCAAGAAUGAUUUCAUUGCAAUCCCCGAUGACUUUGAUGGAUAUCCACUGGAAAUGUUCUGCCUGCCACUCCACUAUGAGGACAAGGUCAGCAGCGUACUCAUCCCCAAGGGAAUAAUCAUGGACAGGACGGAACGUUUGGCGCGCAACAUCUUCCUGGAGCUAGUGGCCACACACGGCAAAGACGCUCCUCCAUUGGUGUGCCUGUGCGUGUUGAAGGGCGGAUAUCAGUUCUUCUCUGACCUGGUCGAAUUCAUCACCAAGUGCAACCGCGUGCAUAACUCAUCGUCCAUCCAGAUGUCGGUGGACUUCAUCCGCCUGAAGAGCUACGAGAAUACCGAGAGCUCUGGCAAUGUUCGCAUCGUUGGCAGUGACGACUUGUCAUCGCUGGCUGGCAAGAACGUUCUGAUUGUUGAGGACAUCGUCGACACUGGUAGAACGAUGCGCAAGCUUCUGUCAUGCUUGGAACCCUACAAGCCCAAGAACGUGAAGGUUGCAAGCCUGUUGGUGAAGAGAACACCCUUGAGCACUGGCUACAGACCCGACUACAUUGGAUUUGAGGUUCCCGACAAAUUUGUGGUUGGCUAUGCCCUGGACUACAACGAGUAUUUCCGUGACCUCCAUCAUAUCUGCGUCAUCAACGAGUUGGGCAAGACUACCUACGCUGUGCCUAACUAGUAGCUGGGCAUGAAUGCGCAUCUCACGUGAGUUUGCAGUUCAUGUCAUCGUUGGCUGUGAGGCUUAGCAACGGCAUUAGAGAGAAAACCAGGGCGUAGAAGUGUGAUGUAGUUCUUAGCGUAAGUGUAGUCACAUGCACAGCUUCCUGGAGACCCAUGAACACAGCCUGGUGACAGUAGUCUUACGCAAUACCCUGUCGAUAUGCCGACGAAAACGAAUAGGCGCAAUCACGUUUCAUAGCUAUUGCCUUCAAAGACUCGCUCGCUGCACUCUCUAUUGCUUUUCCAGACAGUUCUUUUCAUGUCUGCCUUUGCUCUUCUAACGGACCCGUCUAUGUUCUGGGUGACAAAUGCGUAGCUUUAAGUGUUUUAUCUUUUAUGUUGUCAAUCCAUCUUUGUUCUUGGUGACAAACGUCUUAAGUGUUUUAUGUUCUUGUUUUAUGUUUUAACAAGUUUUCUAUUUAUAUCCACACAGAGUACAGGGGUGUGUGUGCGCGCAUGUGUUUGGCUGUUGAGAGGUACUAGGUGACUGGACUGCAAUAGGUCGUUCCACGUCGUUUUGAACUGUUUCUCAAUUUUCCAAUUUUCCAGCUCUUACCUAGCUCAUCAUUCAUUGUAAUGUUUUCGCCGUUGCCUUUUAUCCUGUUUCUCACGAGUUGUUGUCCUAACCAAGUCUGCCUUCUUUGACGUACAUGUACGUAUUUACCUAUUCCGGUGUACAUACACUGUUUUAACACUCAUGAUUCUGUUCUCUUUACGGUUUUGCUUUAACGUGUGUUACUCUUCUCUCACGCCCAA